GCGAGGAGUUGAAUGAGUUCCCUCCACAGUUGAAGUGAAGCAGCCGCAGACAGUCAGACAGGACACCGUCAGUGCCGAGGGACAGACAGCAGGCACUGAGACACGGCCCUGUCCUACCACACUACAUGGAAACACAGCCAGGUGUGUCUGCUAGCCUCACAGCUAGCCGUGUCAUGACGGUUGGAGAGAUUUCUCACACAUCUGUACGACGUUGCAGCGAGACGAACACCAACACCCUAUUUACCCUCCUUCGCCGAAACCAAGUGAGGAGGGGUUGUUGUUAUUAACAACAAAUUCUGGUCGUAUUGUCCUCCUCACGGGCGACUCAGUGGACCUAUUUGUGCUUCUCAUAAUGGCUGAGAGAACCUCAACCGGGUUGCUAACGAUGAUGUUGGAGCCCACGCCGGCUGUCGCUCUGACCCUGCCGGCGGAGGUCCGGGAGAAGCUGGCGGAGCUGGAGCUGGAGCUCUCUGAAGGGGACAUCACUCAGAAGGGCUAUGAGAAGAAAAGAGGCAAGCUGCUGGCACCGUACGUCCCACAGAUACAAGGUGUAGACCCUUCUCUGCAAAUUGACAACAGGAUCCAGGCCUCCACCCAAGCUGUUCUCCCAGGUUCUAAACACAAGUCCCGGGCGGCCAACACCCGGGAUGAACGCUUCAGAUCUGAUUUGCACACAGAAGCCGUCCAAGCAGCUUUGGCAAAGUACAAGGAGAGGAAGAUGCCAAUGCCCUCCAAGAGACGAUCUGUGUUAGUUCAGUCUUCUGUUGAGGCAUGCACCCCGCCAGACACCUCCUCAGCGUCGGAAGACGAGGGUUCGCUGCGCCGGCAGGGACGUCUGGCCACCUCCACGCCCUACCAGGGCCACGGCCACCCAGCCGUUGAGCACUGGUUUAAUCGUGUCAUCCAGGGUUCGUCCACCUCAUCCUCCGCGUCAUCCACCUCAUCCCACCCGGGAGGGAGAUCCGUCACCACCACCAACACUACUUCCCACGCAGCCCUCAACGCCAACGCCGCAGCUACCGCACUGGCCGACCUUAUGGCACACACCCAGCUAGAUAACCACUCUGCGCCCCCCGAUGUGACGGGGCUGUCGGAGCGCUCCUCGCUUCAUGCGGAGCGGCCCCAGGUAGCCUCGGUGCGAGGCAUUUCCCGGGGCUACAACCACCACACCAGCGUUAUGGAGACUGCAGAUGGCUGUGAGUGGAGAAGUGAAGAAUCCCUCAGUUUAACGGAUGGUGUUCCAGUCAACAGUCGCGUCUCCUCCAAAAUCCAGCAGCUGCUCAACACUCUGAAGAGACCAAAGCGACCGCCACUGCGAGAGUUCUUUGUUGACGACUUUGAGGAGCUUUUGGAUGUCCAGCAGACAGAUCCCAACCAGCCAAAGCCAGAAGGCCAACACAUGAGUGCCCUGGAAGGAGAGCCUCUCAGGGUGGUCAACAACUGGCCUCCCUCCUUACCAGCAGCCUUACAACGGUGGGGCACCACUCAGCCCAAGAGCCCCUGUCUGACGGCACUCGACAACGCUGGCAAACCCGUCUACACACUCACAUAUGGUAAACUAUGGACGCGCAGUCAGAAACUGGCCUACACUCUUCUUAACAAGCUGAGCACCAGAAAUGAGCCUUUGCUCAUGCCCGGAGACAGAGUUGCACUUGUUUUCCCCAACAACGACCCCGUGAUGUUCAUGGUGGCCUUCUACGGCUGUCUCCUGGCAGAGCUGGUACCUGUGCCUAUCGAAGUGCCGCUGACCAGAAAGGAUGCAGGAAGUCAACAGAUUGGCUUUCUGUUAGGCAGCUGUGGCGUCACGUUGGCACUCACCACUGACGCCUGUCAGAAAGGCUUGCCCAAAGCACAAACAGGGGAGGUAGCGACUUUCAAAGGCUGGCCGCGGUUACUGUGGUUUGUGACGGAUGGAAAACAUGUCGUGAAGCCUCCGAAAGAUUGGCAUCCUCCAAUACGGGAAGCCAGUAAUGACAUAGCCUACAUAGAGUAUAAAACCAGCAAGGAGGGAUGCACCAUGGGGAUCACAGUGUCCCAUUCAGCCAUGCUGGCUCACUGUCACGCCCUCACACAGGCCUGCGGCUACACUGAAGCUGAGACCAUAACCAACGUCCUGGACUUCAAGAGAGAAGGAGGACUAUGGCACGGUGUUCUUACUAGUGUCAUGAAUCGGAUGCACGUGAUCAGCAUUCCUUACUCCCUGAUGAAAGUCAACCCCCUCUCCUGGAUACAGAAGGUUCACAUAUACAAAGCGCGGGUUGCAGUGGUGAAGUCGAGGGACAUGCACUGGUCUCUGCUGGCCCAGAGAGACCAGAGAGACAUCAGCCUGAGCUCGCUGCGUAUGCUGAUCGUAGCCGACGGAGCAAACCCAUGGUCGAUAUCCUCCUGCGACGCCUUCCUCAACGUGUUUCAGGCACGUGGGCUGCGACCUGAAGUGAUCUGUCCAUGUGCCAGCUCUUCAGAAGCCAUGACUGUCGCCAUCCGCAGACCUCCAGAAAUGGGUGUUCCUCCUCCAGGGAAGGCGGUGCUGUCUAUGGGUGGGCUGAGCCACAGUGUGAUCCGUGUGGACACAGAGGAGAAACUCUCUGUCCUUACAGUGCAGGAUGUGGGACAGGUCAUGCCUGGAGCUCUGGUUUGUGUGGUGCGGGUGGAGGGGACACCCUAUAUCUGUCAGACAGACGAGGUUGGAGAGAUCUGCGUGAGCUCAGGUAGCAUGGGCGUAGCUUACUACGGCCUCCCGGGUAUGACCAAGAACGUCUUUGAGACCAUCCCAGUAACAUCAUCUGGGAUUCCCAUCAGCGACAGACCCUUUACCAGGACCUCACUGCUGGGCUUUGUGGGGCCUGACAGCCUUGUGUUUGUUGUGGGGAAGAUGGAUGGGCUGAUGGUGGUCAGUGGGCGGAGACACAAUGCCGAUGAUGUGGUUGCCACAGCACUGGCGGUGGAGCCCAUGAAGUUUGUGUACAGGGGGAGGAUAGCAGUGUUUUCUGUGUCCGUGCUGCAUGACGAGAGGAUCGUUGUUGUGGCAGAGCAGCGGCCAGACGCCUCUGAGGAAGACAGCUUCCAGUGGAUGAGCCGCGUCCUACAGGCCAUAGACAGCAUCCACCAGGUCGGGGUGUACUGUCUGGCUCUGGUGCCUGCCAACACGCUUCCUAAGGCUCCCCUGGGCGGCAUCCAUAUCUCUGAGACUAAACAACGCUUCCUGGAGGGCGCCUUGCACCCGUGCAAUGUCCUCAUGUGCCCUCACACAUGUGUCACCAACUUGCCCAAGCCAAGACAAAAACAGCCAGAGGUCGGUCCUGCUUCUAUGAUAGUGGGCAACCUGGUGGCAGGCAAGCGGAUAGCACAGGCCUGUGGGAGAGACGUGGCCCAACUCGAGGACAAUGACCAGGCACGUAAGUUCCUGUACAUACAGGAUGUGCUGCAAUGGAGAGCUCAGGCCACUCCAGACCAUCCUCUGUUCCUUGUUCUCAAUGCAAAGGGCACUGUGGCUAGUACAGCUUCCUGUCUGCAGCUGCAUAAGCGGGCAGAGCGGGUGGCCACAGCACUAAUGGGACGCCUCAACACUGGAGAUCAUGUGGCACUCGUCUACCCGCCAGGAAUCGACCUGAUUGCCACCUUCUACGGCUGCCUGUACGCUGGCUGUGUGCCAGUCACUGUCAGACCGCCGCACCCCCAGAACCUGGCGACCACCCUGCCCACCGUCAAGAUGAUUGUUGAGGUCAGUAAGUCGGUGUGUAUCCUAACCACUCAAGCAAUAAUGAAGCUGCUGAAAUCCAAAGAGGCUGCUGCUGCCGUGGACAUCAAGAGCUGGCCCAUGGUGCUGGACACAGAUGACCUCCCCAGGAAGAAGAUUCCCCAGAUGUACAAGCCCCCGACCCCAGAGAUGUUAGCUUACCUGGACUUCAGUGUGUCCACAACAGGGAUCUUGGCAGGGGUCAAAAUGUCUCACGCUGCCACCAGUGCCUUGUGUCGCUCCAUCAAACUGCAGUGUGAGCUCUACCCUUCGCGGCAGAUCGCCAUCUGUCUGGACCCGUACUGCGGCCUGGGCUUCGCACUCUGGUGCUUGUGCAGCGUGUACUCCGGCCACCAGUCGAUCCUGGUUCCCCCUCUGGAGCUGGAGAGCAACGCGUCUCUGUGGCUCGCAGCAGUCAGCCAGUACAAAGUGCGCGUCACCUUCUGCUCGUAUUCAGUCAUGGAGAUGUGCACCAAGGGCCUGGGUUCACAGACAGAAGCACUGCGGUUGAGAAAUGUGAACCUGUCUUGCGUGCGUACGUGCAUGGUGGUAGCAGAGGAGAGGCCCCGCAUAUCACUCACUCAGUCCUUCUCAAAGAUCUUCAAGGACUUGGGGCUUUCACCACGCGCCGUCAGCACCACCUUCGGCUGCAGGGUGAAUGUGGCGAUCUGUUUGCAGGGCACAGCCGGACCAGACCCCACCACUGUUUAUGUGGACAUGAGAGCUCUACGACAUGAUAGGGUUCGCCUGGUAGAGAGAGGGUCGCCACACAGCUUGCCACUGAUGGAGUCUGGGAAGAUCCUUCCAGGAGUGAAGGUGAUCAUUGCCAACACAGAGACUAAAGGACCUUUGGGAGACUCCCAUCUAGGAGAGGUCUGGGUGAGCAGUCCUCACAACGCCACAGGCUACUACACAGUUUAUGGUGAGGAGGCGAUGCAUGCUGACCACUUCAACACUAAGCUCAGCUUCGGCGACACCCAGACUGUCUGGGCGAGGACGGGCUACCUGGGCUUCCUGCGACGCACUGAGCUGACGGAUGCCAGCGGAGAGCGGCAUGACGCCCUCUACGUGGUGGGCUCUCUUGAUGAGACUCUGGAGCUGAGGGGAAUGAGGUAUCACCCAAUUGACAUCGAGACCUCCGUUAUCCGUUCUCACAAGAGCAUAGCUGAAUGUGCGGUGUUCACUUGGACCAACCUCCUCGUGGUGGUUGUGGAACUGGAGGGAUCCGAGCAGGAGGCCCUGGACCUGGUCGCCCUGGUCACCAACGUUGUCCUGGAGGAGCACUACCUCAUCGUAGGAGUGGUGGUGGUGGUCGACCCCGGCGUCAUCCCCAUCAACUCCAGAGGGGAGAAGCAACGCAUGCACCUCAGAGACGGAUUCCUAGCCGACCAGCUGGACCCCAUAUACGUGGCUUACAACAUGUGAGGGCCCUGCUGCAGGAGGGUUACCCCUCCACAUGGCUCAUCACACAAUAGGAGACGGCAGGACAGUAAAUGCGGAGCUCCGGGGUCAGUGUGGCUUCUGUCGAAAGAAAGCGAGCAUUACUUUCAGCUAGGAACGUGGAUGCAAAACUUCACAGCGAAAUGGAGAGAAAUUCCUAGAGAAAUAAGAUCGACACAAACCUCAUGUCUGUUUCUCGCUGCGAUUUCUUGCCUCAAGAAAUAAUGUUUUAAAGGGCGUUUUGGUUUUGUUGAAGAGAGUUUUGUAUGUAUGUAUGUAUGAUAGAGCGUCUGACUCCUUAAAACCCAGGACACAGGAUAGCAGUGAAGCAGCUGGUUAAGGUACACUGUGCAAUUAACAUAAUUUACUUUGUCAAUCUCCAAUAUUCUGAAUGUUAGUUGUGUUUGCCAUACACUUGUGCCAUAGUACAGGACUGACGCCAGCACCCCUAGCCCUGGCUCAAAGUAGCUCCUACAUGUUUCGUGUUCACAGAGCCUCCUGUGCCGUUGCACGUCGGAUGCGUUUUCAUAGAAAAGGUCUACGUCCACGUUCAUCGUCAUUACAUCUGUGGGAGCAGCUCUUCAGAUUACAGCUGCGCCCUUAAGUGAACCCUGAUUUUAGUGUUAUUGCAUCAACAAAGAAGCACACGUGUCGGAGGGGCAAGUCAGUGUUGUUCGUGGCUCAUCCCAGCAGUAGUCCUUUUUAGUUUGUGAUAUCGGUAACAGAACGUGUAGAAAUAAUGAUGUGGUUUAACUCAAUCUCGUUCUUUUCUAAAUCUAAAAAUGUGUAAUAUAGUUAUUGUUUUAUCCGAACAAAAUGCAAUAUGAGUGAUGUGAAAGACGUUGCUUCGAAUGACUGCAGACAGUAAGUGCCGAUCAUUCGCAGUCAUGAGAUGGCGAGGAAUAUAAUCGUUGCUUUCUAUUAGCAACGUGCCAAAUGAUACGACUUAAGCCUUAAGUGUUUUUUCAGACGCCUCUUCCUAUCCCAGCUCCUGUUUAACUUAAUUUUGUGAAGUUCAUCAGCUGUUGGAUAGGGGGGGAAUAUGCAGAGGGAGGUUAGGUAUGGUAAAUCCUGCUCUUAUUGCACCCAAAGUCUCAUCUUUUUGGCUAAGAUGAUUAUACUUGAUCGUAACAUCAGCCAUAACAAACACACACUCCAUAAAUAUUUUUAAUAAUGUCUGUCCCUAUUGUCAGUUGCAUUGAAUGUGUGUUUCAAAGCAAAAGACUGGAAGAAAUUGCAGCCGGUGUGGGUUUGAUGCAGAAUGUCGUAGCCUCAUUCCGAGUGCCAUAGGGUUGAAUGAGAGUUGGAAAAUGUUGUGAGUUGCAUGAAUCGUAUGAAGGCAAGCGUCUAAUAUGCUCGUAACACCUUGACCUCCCACCUUAUCAUGUUGACUUUGUAAAGAUUCACUUCAGUGUAUGUUGCUUCUUUUUUCUAUGUGCACAUCCCUUCAGAAACAGGCUCCAGCCUGCUGUAAGUAUGUACAGGUUUUGUGUAAAUUAUUAAUAGAUGGAGGAGACGGCGACAUAACACAAAGACUGAAUCUGGUAUAUAUGUGAACUCCUCCCUCACAAACAGAAAUGAUUCGAAACGUAUUCUCAUGUGUGGACAUUGAGAAGAGACAUGAAAAGCCUUGUAAACAUUUUUAUAGUAUGAAAGAACAGUGGGGACUGACCACUUACAGGAGGAGACGAAGCACACUCCGAGCACAAGGAGAAGACGGCGAUGCUCUGGUGACACAUCCUCCGGAGCAAACUUUUAUUGUUAACAUAUGGAAAGAUACAUUUGUCUGAUAUAUGUUUAGUUGUCAUUAUUUUCAUAACUUGAUUUCUUAAUGAAUAAAAAAAAUUGCUUUUAACUUAAAA